UCCCUCCCUCCGCAGCUCCGGCCCCGCUCGCCCGGCCCCGACUUCCUGCCGGGCUCUGGGAAGGCGCGCGCGGGCUGGGGUCCCGGGGGGCCGCGUCAGCAGCUGGCCGCAACCCGGACCGCGGAGGGGCCGGACCGUGGGCGGGAGCGGCCGGCAGCCUCAGCCCCUGCGGAGAGCGACUUUCAAACUCGCGCCUGCGUCGCGGCCGCACCUGAGCAGCCUCGCGCGCCGAGCGUGCGGGACCCGGCGGGGCGGCGACCGCGCGGGUGGCUUUACUGUGUGGCAGAUCUUGACUUGCAUCCUCUCCAUUUUGGGGACCAGUCAGAACCUCCCUGGAGUGCCCUCGCCAGGCAGCGAUGCCAGGAUGCCCGUCUCUGCCUCCCUCUGCCAGGAUGGCAGCCAGGAGCGACCGGUGAGCCUGACCUCGAGCACGUCCUCAUCGGGCUCCUCCCGUGACAGCCGCGGGGCCAUGGAGGAGCCCAGUGGCUCCGGGGCAUCGGCCGAGAAUGGGGCAGGCUCCCCGCGCAGCUGGCAUCCCCCCAACGGUAACACCAGCUCCAGCAGCUGGUUGAGCGGGAGGGGGCCGCUGUCCCCAUUCGGCGGACGGGCCCCGGCAGCCCCAGUGCACAAGCUCAGCUACCUGGGCCGCGUGGUGCGGGAGAUCGUGGAGACGGAGCGGAUGUACGUGCAGGACCUGCGCAGCAUCGUGGAGGACUACCUCUUGAAGAUCAUCGACACACCUGGGCUGCUGAAACCGGAACAAGUCAGCGCCCUCUUUGGGAACAUAGAAAACAUUUAUGCGCUGAACAGCCAGCUACUCCGAGACCUGGACAGCUGCAACAGUGACCCUGUGGCUGUGGCCAGCUGCUUUGUGGAAAGGAGUCAAGAGUUUGAUAUCUACACACAGUAUUGCAACAACUACCCCAACUCAGUGGCCGCCCUGACCGAGUGCAUGCGGGACAAGCAGCAGGCCAAGUUCUUCCGGGAGCGGCAGGAGCUCCUCCAGCACUCUCUGCCCCUGGGCUCCUACUUGCUGAAGCCCGUGCAGCGCAUCCUCAAGUACCACCUGCUACUGCAGGAAAUCGCCAAACAUUUUGAUGAAGAAGAGGAUGGCUUCGAGGUGGUGGAGGACGCCAUCGACACCAUGACCUGUGUGGCUUGGUACAUCAAUGACAUGAAGAGGAGGCACGAGCACGCGGUCCGGCUCCAGGAGAUUCAGUCGCUGCUCAUCAACUGGAAGGGGCCAGACCUGACCAUCUAUGGGGAGCUCGUCCUGGAGGGCACGUUCCGUGUGCACCGCGUGCGCAACGAGAGGACCUUCUUCCUCUUCGACAAAGCGCUGCUCAUCACCAAGAAGCGGGGCGAUCACUUUGUCUACAAGGGUCAUAUCCCGUGCUCCUCCCUGAUGCUGAUCGAAAGCACCAGAGACUCCCUGUGCUUCACUGUCACCCACUACAAGCACAGCAAGCAGCAGUACAACAUCCAGGCCAAAACAGCAGAGGAGAAACGGAGCUGGACUCACCACAUUAAGAGGCUCAUCCUGGAGAACCACCACACCACCAUCCCGCAGAAGGCCAAGGAAGCCAUCUUGGAAAUGGAUUCCUACUAUCCCAGUCGGUACCGCUGCAGCCCAGAGCGCCUGAAGAAGGCCUGGUCUUCCCAGGACGAGGUGUCCACCCACGCGCGACAGGGGCGUCGACAGUCUGAGCCUGGUCAGCCCUCGUUCCUCCGGGCCACACUCCCCAGCAGGCAGCGAGGCUUCAUGGAGCCAGGCCUUAAUGGCCGUAGGAAGUCGGAGCCAACCAGACACCUGCUGAGGCAAUUCAGCGAGAAAGCAGGUGCAGUCAGAGCAGCAGGAAUGAAGCAUGCAGGCAGUGCCGGUGCUCUCCUGGACUUUGGGCGGCCUCCUCGUGCUCAGGGUGUGCAGCUGGAGGCUGAAGGGGCUGCCCGGGAGCAGGAGGAGGAGGAGGAGGAGGAGGAAGAGGAGGUGGUGGUGGAGGAGGAGGAGGAGGAACGGGCCUUUCAGGUGUCUCUGGAGGACCUGGCAGGGCAUGAAGGCAGCGAGAAGGGGGCCAGGCUGGAGCCCCCAGGCUCGGAGGAGGAGGAGGAGGAGGAGGAGGAGAGCCUGGCAGUGGCGGAGCAGGUAGCCGACUUUGCCAGCUCGCUGCUGGCCGCCCUCCACUGCUGGCACUAUCGGGCCAACGCUUUACUUUUCUCCCGGGGCGCUAUGGAGAAGGGGCGCAGGGAGUCCGAAGGCCCCCAGAGCUGUAGAAGGUCCAGCGGCCGGUCUCCAACAAAUGCUGAGAAGUGCGUGAGCUUCGAGUCCACUUCUCCCCGGCCAGAGGUUGAACCAGAUCCUGAGCCUGAGCUGGAGCAGGAAGUAUUUGUCGCCAUGGAAGUUCCUAGCACUGAGGAGGUGCCCUCAGACACGGAGUCUCCAGAAGUCCUGGAAACACAGCUUGGUGCCCACCAGGAGCUGCUGGGGCUGGACCCCCCGGGUGACAUGGUGGGCUUCGUGGUGGCCGAGAGCACCGAGGACCUUAAGGCUCUGAGCAGUGAGGAGGAGGAGGACAUGGGGCCCACACCGGACACGGAGAGCCUCCUGCCGCCCUCUGUGCUGGACCAGGCCAGCGUCAUUGCCGAGCGCUUCGCCAGCAGCUUCUCUCGGCGGAGCAGCCUGGCACUGGAGGACGGCAAGGCCAGCGGCUUCGGGAGCCCAAGGCUGGCGAGCCGCAGCAGCAGUGUGCUCAGCCUCGAGGGCAGCGACAAGGGCCCUGUCCGACCCGGCAGCACUACGGACCCCCUCAGCUCGCAGCCACCCCCUGAGGUGGACAGCACUGCGGGAGUGGCCAUGGACAGUGGCCCUUCGGUCAAUGGGAUGGAGCCCCUGAGCCCAGGCUGCCCAGCAGAGCCCGACAGGCCUUCCUGCAAGAGGAAGGCAUCGACCCUCUCCACCCGAGACCGGCUGUUGCUGGACAAAAUCAAGAGCUACUAUGAAAGUGCAGAGCACCGUGAUGCAGGCUUUAGCGUCCGGCGCCGGGAGAGCCUCUCCUACAUCCCCAAGGGGCUGGUGAGAAACUCUGUUUCCAGAUUCAACAGCCUUCCCAGGCCAGACCCAGAGCCCAUGGCUCUGCCGGGGCAUAAGAGGCAGGUGGGCUCCCAGCCGCCUUCAUGGGCUCUGUGCGACCUCCCGGGAGCCGGCCAGGCUAGUGCUGGGGAGUCAGCUCCUAUCACAGAUGCUGAGUUCCGGCCGUCUUCGGAAAUCGUAAAGAUCUGGGAGGGAAUGGAGUCUUCCAGGGAGAGCUCUCUGCAGGGGCCUGGCCAAGGCCAGGCCAAUGGUUUUGACCUGCACGAGCCCCUCUUUAUCCUGGAGGAGCACGAGCUGGGGGCCAUCACUGAGGAGUCGGCCACCGCCUCCCCUGAGAGUGCCUCCCCCACGGAGCAGCCCAGCCCGGCCCACCUGGCCCGGGAGCUGAAGGAGCUGGUGAAGGAGCUGAGCAGCAGCGUCCAGGGGGAGCUGGUGACUCCACUGCACCCCCGCAUCGUACAGCUCUCCCACGUGAUGGAUGGCCCCAUGAGCGAGCGAGUCAAGAACAAGGUCUACCAGCUGGCCCGCCAGUACAGCCUCCGCAUCAAGAGCAAGUCUGUGACAGCCAGGCCUCCUCUCCAGUGGGGAAAGGCGGCUCCCACCAUUCCUUGCCUGCAGGAGGAGGCCGGAGCACCCUCAGGCAGCAGAGGUAAGAGAAAGCCGGUGCUGUCCCUCCUCAGCGAUGAGCAGAUGGUGGCCCCGGAGCACAGCCCGCCCAAGCCUGGCUCUCCUCGGCAUUUCUCCUUCAGCCCCACUACUGCCAGCCCGAGGACCACCUCGCCUGGGGCCCGGCCUUCCUCUCGAAGCCCCCUCAGCCCCUUUGACACUGAGACCUUCACCUGGCCUGAUGUCCGAGAGCUCUGCUCCAAGUAUGCCUCCCACGACGAGGCAUUCCAGGCCGAGGGCAGCCGGCACCGCGGCCUGCCUGUCAACCGCAGCCGCUCGGCACCCGAGAACAUGGUGGAGCCCCCUCUGGCGGGCAGGGUGGGCCGCUGCUGCAGUGUGGGUGCCAGGAGGGGCCAGGGGGGCUCAGAGGCCGCCCAGCCUGAGCCUCCUGGGAGGUUGCCCCAAAGCAGGCCGGUUGGAGAGGAGGCCCUGUAUGUCACGGCGGACCUCACCCUGGAGAACAACCAGCGGGUGAUUGUCAUGGAGAAGGCGCCCCUGCCCUGCCCCGUUGGGGGACUGGAGGAGGGCAGUGGUCAGGGACCACACACACCAGUAGCCACAGAGGGACAGGGCCUGGAUUUCCAGGAGUCUGGAAUUUCCAGGAGUCCAGAGUAUUGGCAAAAGGAAGAGAGUCCCAGGGACCCAGCGGACCCAGGCCAGCAGGGCAGAGUGAGAAACCUGCGGGAGAAAUUCCAGGCCUUGAACUCCGUAGGUUGACUCUGAGUCCUGGGAGAGGGAGGAGCUGUGCAACGGAGGGCGCAGAGGAACCUUGCUGGGCUUGCCCACAAGCCUGGCCUCCCCGGGCUCACAUAAGCCCCUGAAAGAAUGGGCUGGUGUGCUCAGCCAGUGCCUUCACCUGCUGGGAACGGCCUGGUGCUCCCCGGGGCUCGUGGUGACUUUCAUAGGGCCAGGGGAGCCCUGCUACCCACCCAGGCCAGUGUGGCCACUUCCCUUGUAUAUAGUUCUUGUCUAGUAAGAAGCCGAGUAUUUAAGCUGUCCUCUUCCCAGGGGAGUAAGCCGUGCUCCGGCCUCCAUUGUCGGGCUGACCACUGCCAGGCUGAGGAGCCCACCCAGGGGAGCGGUGGAAGUGGCCCGGGGAGGCUUUGCUCUUUAGUUGUGCCUUCUCUUAGGAUCCAGGCAGGAACAAGGCCCAUAAUUUAUUGUUUCCCAUUCUGUGGUGCAUUUGCGCACAUGUCUGUGAGUGUGUGUUCUCCGGUUGUUGAUUCCUCUCCCGUGAAGAAUGUCAUGGAUUCUGUUCAGGUACUUUUGUAGGUUGUCUUGCUGACCCUGUGGUUGUCGCUCAUGUACAUACAUUUCAUUAUUUGCCAACGGUGCAAUAACGCUGCUCACCAACCAA